AAAAUAUAAAUUAUAAAAUUAUAUGCACGUGCAUUUUUUGUUUUCUGAAGUCUAGAUAUUUAUUUGUUUAUUUAUUUAAAUAUUUUUAGUGUUACGUGGUAGUUGAACUGCAAUAAACAAUGUCUGACUUAUUCGGUAACAAUGAUGAUUUCAAUUUGUCGUCUGGUGCCAGCGAUAAAGCCAAAGUAGAAGAGAUACAAAAAAUUAUUUUGGUGGAACAGCAAAAAGCCCAGCUAAAUGCUCAAAUUCAAGAAAUUAGCGAGAUCUGUUGGGACAAAUGCGUGGACAAGCCUUCCGCAAAGUUGGGAGGUAAAACUGAACAAUGUAUUUCAAAUUGUGUUAAAAGAUUCUUCGAUACAUCCAUUAUCAUCGCAAAUCGGUUCAACCAAUUACUUCAAAGAUCCAAUACUGGUUAGCCAAAUUCAAGUGCGCCUUCUAUUUUUUUUUUUUUUUACUGUAGUUUUCUCGCUGUAUGAUAAUUAUUAUGUAUGAUAUUGAGAUUCAAUACGUAAAAAAUUUCAAAACAAAUUAUAAUUUACCAGACGUGUUAAAUGCUGGUUUUAUGUAAUUAUAAAUUUCUAGUUUAUAAAAUGACUUAUUUAUUAUGUACAAAAAUAUAGCAUAUUUUUAGCUCUCAGCAACUUAUCUACUGUUUGAAAUGUAUUACUAAGUUGUAGGAUAAUAUAAUGUUGUCGUUAGUACAGACACGUUAUCUGUUACAAUAUGCAGUAAAAUAAUAAAUACUUUUUGGUUA